CUGCCGAUCGAUUGCAAUGGCACCAGUCAAACCGACCUGCUUCACCGCGGGGUCCAACCCGCUCUCCAAGUCGCCCUCCCAGUAUCCCCCGUAGACAAACCAAACAACACACUGACUGCUAGCGAGGCCAGAUUCGGCGGCGCCAUUGAGUUCAACUGGGUCGAGCCGCCCGCCGACGGGAACAACCUGCACGUCCACUGCUACAUGCGGCCCAGCAAGGGCAUCUACAAGAAGCACCUGGAGAACGGCACCAAGCCGCCCGUGCACUUCCACCGCCACCAGUACGAGAGCUUCGAGGUUAUCGGCGCCGGCGAUUUCACCGUCGAGAUCGACGGCGUGCAGCAUCGCAUCCGCAAGGGUGACCCGCCCGCCGUCGUGCCGCCGUACCGUCACCAUGUCGUCUACGGCACCCCGGGCGUCGAGCAGGCCGAAGUCGACUUCAUCCUGAGCUCCAAGGACGACCGCAACAAAAACGACAAGAAGAAGGACGCCGACGCCCUGCGCCAGCAGUAUCUGCUCGACCGCAUGUUCUUCGAGAACUGGUACGGCUACCAGGAGGAGGUAUUCCAGGGCAAGACCAAGUUUGACUUUAUCCAGAUUCUGUCGGUGAGUUGCAAAUCCACUCCACUCAACUUCCAGAGGUGA